UGAAAUAAAACAAAACAAACAUAAAAAAUGUCGUAUAAAUCAAAUUGUGUAUUACAAUUAUAGAAUGUGAGAAAAAUAUGAGUUCAUGAUAAUGAGAAAUAAACUCCAAAGUGCACCAGCAUGAUAUAUUGUCAUAGCUAGACCAUGAACGGGGUCUCCUAUUCCGCAACAUUUCCAUCAAGAUGUGAAUCUUAGAAAAGGGACACCGGAUUGCCAGAGCGUCAAGGAGCGAGAAAAAUAAUGGAUGAACACAAGCCGUAAACAGAUCACGAUGGCGGAAUGCAGUGCAGUAUUGAGGCCGCGAGCAGCCGCGUGCUCUAUUUCUAGUCAUAGAUUACGCUUCUCUUUAGUUGUUAUGUUAAUUUUAGGUAUACCGAGUGCACAUUCCCAGUUAGACAAGAUGUACGUCGAAGUAACUGAUCUGAAUCUUUUAGUCGAAGAAACUCGACUACUCAAACUGGUCCAAAUAGGCCAAUAUAACACAUCCCUAGAAGUGAUAUCGAAUAUUCAACAUCCAGAUAUAGUCCAACUAGUGCCACCGUCAAUAGAAAUACCAGGUUCGAACGAACCUAAUAAAACGGUGGUGAUAUCGUACGAUAUAUGCGCGUACGGAAAGAGUCCGGGACAUUCGGAAGUGACGUUCAAUGUUACACCGCCAGGUUUUGUCAACUUAGACACAGUGUACCUACGCAUAACCGUCAUGCACUCCAACGAAAUAAACAUAAUAUCGUACAUAAUGGGUUGGAUAUACUUCGCGGCCUGGUCAGUUUCGUUCUACCCUCAAAUAUACAUAAACUUCAAGAGGAAAAGCGUGGUCGGUCUCAACUUCGAUUUUCUGGCGCUAAACAUUAUGGGCUUCACCAUGUACUCGCUUUUCAACUGUGGACUGUAUUUUUCUAAAGAGAUUCAGAACGAGUACUUCAGUCGUCAUCCCCGCGGAUUGAAUCCGGUGCAGCUUAACGACGUGUUCUUCUCCUUGCACGCAGCCUUCGCUACUCUCAUCACCAUCACCCAGUGCUUUUUAUAUGAGCGUGAAGAGCAACGGGUCUCGACGGUGGGGCGCGGGAUACUCGGCGCGUUCUCAGCGGUCGUCAUAGUAACGGGCAGCAUCGCAGUCGUCGGCAAGAUCGAGUGGCUGGACUGGCUCUACUACUGCAGCUACGUCAAGCUCGCCAUCACGCUCAUCAAAUACGUGCCGCAGGCGUACAUGAACUACAAACGCAAAUCAACGGUCGGCUGGAGUAUCGGCAACAUUUUCCUCGACUUUGUGGGCGGCUUCCUUUCGAUACUCCAGAUGGUCCUCAACGCCUACAACUACAACGACUGGGUUUCGUUCUUCGGAGACGCGACCAAAUUCGGCCUCGGCCUCUUUAGUCUCGUUUUCGAUAUAUUCUUCAUACUGCAGCACUAUGUCUUCUAUAGGAACGCCGACAAGAAAUACAACUUGGACGUGAAGGUAUGAUGCCAUAACCGCGUUUCUGUACUAGUGACACGCCCCGGAUUCGCUCAGACAGAAUGCCGUUUUUAAGACAAAGAUUCUCAUAAUAAAUUAACACGACAGAGAUGAAAAAGCUUACGUAAUGUUAAAACAUAAUUUAUUGAAGAAAAAGAAACGGUUAAUGUUAUUCCAAGCAACUAUUUAUUUUGUUUGUAAAAUAUAUAAUAUUUAAAUGUAUUUUUUAUUUUCGAAACAUAACUUCAUCUUAUGUAAGAUCUUCUAUUUUAUGUAUCUCAAAUCAGUUCCAAACAGCAUUUAUUUAUUUUAGUUUUAUCGUUAAAUUCCUUAGAAAUUACAACUACAUGACCUUUGCAACUAUUAUUUUAAUGAAAUACCAAACACUGCAUUUCUUCUUUUUUUAACGCCUUUUGAAAUCUUACGCUUGUGGAUAUGAAUUUUUUUUUGACAAAAUGGAAACCUAUA